UCCUGAGAGAAACAUUGCAGAUAAUAAAGAUCAGCAGCAACCACAGCAGGAAAUAAGAGGGUAAGAGAGGAAAGAGAAGAAAAUGUCAUCGAAGAAUUUCAUCUUUGUCCUUUUCCUUAUCCUCUCAACCAUUUCCUUCCUUAGAUUCUUCAGGUUUACAAACAUUACAGCACCUCAUACACUACCCUCUUCUCCAAUAUUUUCAAAUUCAUGUGCUUCUACAAAUUCUAUGCCUGCGAAACGCCUUCCUCGUGUAUCUCAUGCCAUGAAACCAUACGCCAGACCCCCUGCUGAAAAUAUCCUCAGCUUAAAAGAGCACCAGCUCCUCCAAAAUCUUAUAACCCGACGAGCCCCCUGCAACCUCCUCUUUUUUGGACUUAAAGCACAAUUCCUUGAUCUUGCCAUGUUGAAUACUGAAGGAACUACUAGCUUUCUAGAAGAUGACUAUGAAAAGCUCAGAACCCGAAAACUCAAAGGCAUGCGAGUCCAUUUGGUUAAAUACCAUGACAAGGCCAGUGAAGCAUAUGAGCUACUUAAACAUGCUAGAACAAACCCUGCCUGCACACCACAAGCAAGUCUCCUCCAUAAAUCACAUUGCAAGCUAGCACUGACUGGGCUGCCAGAGGUAGUGUGCAACAGAAAAUGGGACGUGGUGGUCAUUGAUGGGCCAAGAGGAGACCAACCAGAGGCACCAGGGAGGAUGGGGGCAAUCUACACAGCUGCCAUGAUUGCAAGAGCUGGUAAGACGACGGAUGUUUUUGUCCAUGACAUAGAUCGGAUGAUUGAGAAGUGGUACUCUUGGGAGUUCUUAUGUCAUGAAAAUUUGGUUUCCUCUAAGGGAAACUUAUGGCAUUUUAGAAUAAAAGGAAACUCCGGCUCUGCUAGGUUUUGCCCUGAGGCUGUACCUCAGAUUCAGUAAGUAAGUUUCUAUUUUUCUUUUACACC